GUGUGUGUGUGUGCGUGUGUGUGUGUGUGUGCGCGUGUGUGCGCGUGUGUGUGUGUGUGUGCGUGUGUGUGCGCGUGUGUGUGUGUGCGUGUCAAUCAAUGCAGCCACAUGCGAAAGCCUAAGUGACACAAGCCACUUUAUACUUUGUCCAUUACAUUGCAGUAAUGCACAAUCCAAACUUCUCGAGUAACAACAUACAAUAAGAAGUAUGCAUUAAGUGGUCGAAGCACGGGCAGGAUAUUGCUGUCGCGUUCAACUCUUAAAGGCGAAGCUUAAGCGUUCCCCAAUUAUUUUUGUUCAUAAUUGCGGACCGGCGGCACCGUGCGCGGGAGAGACCUGAACUCGCUAUCGCUAGUUCUUGCAGCCGCAGUUUUCAUGUCUCGAGUGUUUAUGCGGUUGUGUCCGCAGGGUGAAUGCGAGCCACUGCAGCCGCAACAGCAGCAGCGCAGCAAGACGGUCUCCGGCACGGGCUCUACUUCAGGAGACGCACCGGAGGCACCGUCGUGCGAACUGCGUGAGGUGGCCAGCCAGUUCGUGAGCGACCUGAUCCACCGUGCCCGGGAGGUGGCACAGAGGCAGCAGUUCCGCAUCGACGAGGUCGACGAGGAAGACGAAGAGGAAGACGCCCCGCCGCCCAGGAGGCUCACCGACAUCACGGCGGGACCCGUCAAGACUCCUCCCGAGAUCCAGGUGGACCUCGUGGGAUCCCGGACGCCCAGUCCGGAAGAGGUGGUGACGUACAUUGCGCCCGAGAGAUCGACCAAGAAGAAAGUGGUGGUCAUCCACGACGAGCCCUCCGACAGCGAUGGAGGGACGAGCAGCGAUGCCAGUCCGGACAGUUCUCCGCGCGCCAAGCUCAUCUCGGAACCCCUGUCGCAGCAGCAGCAGGACUGCAAGGACAUUGCCGACCUCAAGAAUGAUCCGGAGCUGCGGGAGUUUGCCGUCGCCUACAUUAAAGGGAUCCUGGAACAAGCGCAAGUUCUCGCCCAAGAGAGGGCUCCGGAUAAGGCCGAAGAGCUUGUGACAGAAAACACGGCGUUGAAGAAGGCUGCCGGCCCGUGGUACUCACGCAUCCGGGCCGCCGUCACCCGCUGUCUUCGCACCGGAUGCCUGUGCGUCGUCCGGAGGCAGGCGCCGCCCUGAAAUCGUUGCUGCCACGGUCGUCGUCCCAAUUAGAAGCUGUCGCGCGUGUAACUGUCGGCGUCCACUGAUAUCGUCAUCAACUGCGCCGGUACGCUCUGUCAACGUCGUCUCCUGGGCGCGCUGUCCUUACCACGGGCUCCCAAGAAGCUCGACGUGAUGGGCAUCUCUGUCUGUAUGUGUCACCGCUGCCUCGGGCAGUUUGUGUUGUAUACACGCGCGGCCAACCCCCUACAUGUGUUCCUGUAUGCGCUGCUUCAUUAUCGUGGCCGUAAAAACUCUGCACACACACACCUGUAGUAAUGCGGAAAUGCCCAAGUAGACCCAAUUUACGGAUCGUGAAUGCGUCCUCAAUAGAUCGUUUAAACCGCUCUGCUGUGCUAGUAGGCCUCAACCUUUAAUAUGGCACGACAAAAAAUACACACAUGAAGGAUGGAACAAGUGCCAGCUUUCAAAUGAUUUAUUCAGGCAAGCUUACGCUGAAGUAAGCAACAUGCGCGUGAUUGUAUAGGCAGUAAUCGGAACGAGCGCCAGUCAAGAAGGAACAAUGUCGUUUACUUAAACGUGAAGCGGCUAUGCGAUGUUUCAUGCUACUUGGUCGCAGCUUAUCUCAAGUAAUCUACGGUGCCACUUGUCCCCUGCGUUACGCCUGUGUAAACCCGUCGCGCUGUUAUACUAUAAAGUGUCGCGCUGCUAAGCUCGAGGACGCGGGUUCGAUUCCAGGCCACGGUGCAGUGUUCGUGCAUUUCGCCUUCAUUUCGAUGGGGGCGAAAUGCACGAACACCCGUGCACGUGGAUUUGGUUACACAGUCAAAAUUAAUCUGAGGUGCCCCGCUACAUAUGGCGUACCUCAUAAUCACAUCGUGGUUUUGGC